CCACCGUUCUCGGGAUCAUGCUGUCUAGACUCACCCCUCACCACUCGUAUCCCACCUGAUUAGGCUUCAAUGACAGCUUGAAGGACUAGCACAAUCUCUCGACGAUCACAUCUGGCAUCAAGCGCUAGCGUACAGAUCUUCGGGCCUCAUUCCGCGCCUCUGCUGAACAUCCAAGCUGUUUAUUGGCGUGCAGACAGGUCCAGCAACGGGCAAAGUAGUCAAGGCCACACUCGUUGCUUGCAAACAGCUUCGCUAGGAUUGCUCCCUCAAAUCCUUGAAGCAAUGUCUGCAUCUCGAGUAGGUUCCUUGUUGCUGCCACGCGCGGGCAGCGCGAGCGCGAGUGCGAGUGCGAGUGCAAGUGUGAAUGCUGGAGCCGUUCGAUCUUUCUGCCACUCGCCAAGCGUCGCACGACCAGCAUCAGCAUCAGCACCAGCCAGCACCGCUUCCACUUCCAACGCGUCAUCCUACGUUCCAGUCUCGCCUUCCAGCUACGCCCUCUCCGCUUCUACAGCAGACGCCUCAUCCAUCACCUCUACGCGCUCCGCACUUUCUUUGCUGCGCACUCAGCCGUCGCACUAUGCCGUCCUCUCUCUCGUCGGUCGGACGCUGCUCGUCAGACCAGGUGACAUCAUCACGCUACCUCGCCUGCUGGAUGUACAGGUAGGAGAUGUGAUGCGAUUGGAGAGGGUGCACGAGCUGGGCAGUCGAGAUUUCACGCUUAGGGCUCAAGAUCCGCUCAAUACGAGGAGCAGGGGAGAGGCCGUGCUGAGUCGACGAAGCAGACCUUUUGAGGGCUUACAACAAGGCUCGCAAGCCGUGCCGAUGGAUGCGAACCAGGCUGCCGUGCCUGCACAAGGAGCGGAAUUGUACCCCGGCAACUUGUCCCUCGAAGAUAUCACAACUCCUACGCUGGGCGCAGGUGCGGACGAGACCAACGUGCACGCGGCGAAUCGUAGCAGAUUGGUGCAGUCCAAGACGUCGUGGGCCGCACGCUUGCUUCCAGCUGGACUAGCACACGUCGGAGCGACGCUUUCUCCAUCCACGAUCCAGAUCAGGGGCGUAGUGCUGGAACAUACAAAGGGCGCAUUGGAAAAGAUUGUCAAGUUCAAGAAGCGCAAAGGGUACAAGAAGACGGUGCAGCACAAGCAGACGCUGACGAGGAUCAGGGUGGAGGAGUUUAGGUUGGGGGAGGGAGAGGGAGAAUGAGGGGUGCGGGUGCGAAGUGGCAAAGGGGAGGGAAGAUGAGCGGCGGUGAGCGGGGGCCAGAAAUGUGGACGAGGUGCCUACGAUGCGGCGGGCAGGACAAUGAGACAGCCAGUGCUUUGCUGGUCGAGUAGAGAUCACCCAAUGUAUGCGCAUGUUGCGGCAUGAUACUUGUACAUCUUUGACCCGAGCCGCGCCUGCUGCACGAACUUCUGAUGGUGAGUGAUGGGGUUCGCGAUUGAAGGGAUGUGAUGAUCAAGAAUGUUGGCUGUAUGGGUAUGCUCGAAGGCAGCGAAUGUGGUGCAGCAAAGCUGAG